AUGGGAGCGUCCGACUCAAAGCUCGUAUUCAAGAGAGGCAUCUUUAAACUCUCAGAAGACAAGGCAAUCCCCGCCGAUGAUCCAUACUGGACCUCCUUCUGGGAGCUCCCGGAAACCGCUGAAGAUGUCUUCAGCCUCUUCUCGCCAGCGGACAUUCGCAGAACUCGAGAUACAUCGCUGGAGAACUUGGAGACGCUCAUCUUGGCUGUAACGAGUCGGCUCUUCAUCCUACGACACCACCCUUCAUUUCCAGAUCCCGAGUUUGCGCCUGAGAAGGAUGCACUGAAUUGCAUACGGGUGCUCACUCGGGUUCUCCCAUAUAUCUACGAGGCAGAGCAAUUACAAGCAUGGGAAGACAAGUUCUUCUGGGGAGUGAGGCGGAAGCGUACACGGAGAGCCGCGUUGGCCCGCGAUGUGCUAUUUGACGAGUCCCAGGAGGAGCUGGCAAAACUGGAGGCUGCUGGUGAAGAAUUCGAGGAGGUGAAACCUUUGGCAGAGGAGCUUAUCGACACUUUGAUCGACCUGCUAUUCUUCGCCGACUUCACCCUACCUAAGGCACCGAAUACCGAUAAUAAAGUAACAUAUGCGAUAUGGACCAGCGGUGUUGGAUGCAAUAACUCUGUGGGAACUAGUAGGGAAUUCGAGAGCAAUCGGACAGAGGUGCUACGAUUGCUCUUGACCUUGACAAGUCCGAGCAUGUACAUGUCUGCCAACCUGCUACCGGUUCAGGGCGUCAAGGCUGUCUCUUAUAUCGUUACUUGUCCGGAUAAGCAAGUUGUCCUCUCGGUCCUGUGCUCGCUAUUGAACACUUCCCUUAAAUACAACCCGGCAUCGUGGAAAAUCCCAUAUAAUGUCCAAGUUUUCAAAGAUCCGAAGUUGAUAUUAGUGACAUAUGCGUUACAGUUCCUCCUCGUUGUUCUUCUUUAUCCCAUUCCGGAAUCAGAUCCCGCCCAUGCAAAGAAGAAUUACUUCCGUCAUUUUCUCGGGCGAUUACAUCGACCCCAAGAUUUUCAAUUCAUUACAGAGGGAAUAACCAGAGUUCUCAACCAUCCACUCCAAUCCAGCACUUCAUACAUCCCAGGGAAUCAAAACUCAAACAAGUUGACAUCCGAGAUGAUCAUGGUCUUUUGGGAGAUGACCCAAUGCAACAAACGAUUUCGAUCAUUCAUCAUCGAUACAAAUCGGUCACAUGACUUUCUAGUUUUAAUAUUAUACUACGCCAUUGACUACAAACUCGACGCCUCAAAACAAGGGAUAGUUAGAAUGUGCGUUUUCAUAUUACAAACUCUGAGCGUCGAAGCGAGUUUUGGGAAGAGUCUUAACAAGAGAUUCGAGAAUCAAGACACCUUGCCGCCAGCUAUCAGAUUACAGAACUUUUACGGAUCGUAUGCAGAUUUUCUCAUACAUUCUAUCUACAACAUAAUCACCACAAGCCAGGGGAAGCUCACAGCAAUAUACCCAGCAUUGUUGGCCGUCAUCAAUAAUAUCGCCGCCUACCUUGAGUGCCUUAGCCCUUCUGCUUCGUCGAAGCUACUUCAGCUUUUCUCGUCUAUGUCGUCACCAGGGUUCCUUUUAACUAACGAUAGUAAUCACGAUCUCUUGCGGUCCUUAUUAGAGAGCAUGAAUGCUAUCCUAGAGCACCGAUAUAACAAAAAUCCUAACUUCGUGUAUGCGGUACUACGGAAUAAGAAAAGAUUUGACGCUUUACGAUCCUUUACCUUGGAGAGUGGCCAGGAGGAGAUUGAGAGAAGGAAUCGACGACGAAAAGAUAACCCUAGCGACCAGUUUGACAUGAGUGACAGUCGACGGGGCUCUGCCGAUAGCAUCAGAAGUCCCUCUUCAAGUCACCACCGGGCACCAACCCUGAGUAACGUUCCUGAAGAGGACGGGGCAUUUGCCAUUGGAGACGAUGAAGAUGAGGAUACCGAUGAUGAAUAUCGAGCAACUCCGUCCGAGUCUACUCCGACGGACCAUCCCUCACGCGCAUCAUCAGUGUCAUCAAGUAUCGACGACGCAGUACCGACUCAGCUGAGGGGAAUGUCAGAGAAGGCGCGUGGAAAGAUGCCCGGUAGGUCUCUCGCCCUGCUUUGCGACCUUCCUGCUGAUAAUAAAGUAGCUGGCAUGCCAACGUUCUCCCGACAAAACAGUACCACGAGUUUAGGCAGCCACACAACACCAGGCUACUCAACCAACGGCGCAUUCGAGCCGACUGCGCAAUGGAUCGAGUCCUGGUUACCAGAGCUCCCUCUCCACACAGUCCUCACGCUCAUCGAGCAACUCUCACCCCAGCUCCCUCGGCCCAACGGGGCAACGACUGACACCCCCUCAGCCUCCGUCCUACGCGCCAUGCAAACCGCGGACAUUCGCGGCAUCGAGCCAUCAUCCAUCCGCAUCCAAUACUUCGAAUGGUCACCACUAAGUCUCGGCUGGUACGAAUCUCUCCUCUGGAGCUUCAUUUUUACCUCGGAAAUGCAAGUUGCCAAAGGCACAGUGGGAGUUUGGAACGGUACAGCGAUCAAGCUCUUCCGUGUGGAAACUGUAGCGCCCAUUGGUCCUACGCUGUCCAGUCCACGCGGUGCCGUUGAUGCUGUCGGAAGCAACAUUGUCAAUCGGAUUGGGAGUAUUAACCUUCGUGGUGUUGGCGGAACGGCCCCUGGAGCUGGAUCUGGAUCCGGUGACGCGCAAGGUGGCAAUGCCAACCAAGGGGAUGUUAGGGAGGCGAGGACGGGGACGGGGAAUGGAUCUGAUGAAAUUCAAGAGUUAGCGAUAUGCUGUAGUUCUGAAUUUCUGUUCCCCGGAAGUCUUAAGGGUCUAGAUGCAGGUAUCCAUGGGCCUGCAUGGAGUGGAUCUUGUCGAUCACUCGAGUCGCUAGAAGACGAAGAAAAGUCCGUCUUUAGUGGCUUUGGGGACACUGAAGCGAAUUUGGCAGGUUUAUUUCGUAUAACUAGCCAGAAGAAGAUAUAUUCGAAAUAUAUGGAGGGGAGUGCGUAUGCGAUGUCCGGAACGGGACUGCAAGCCGGGAAUGUGCAUGGCGACGAGGAGGAGGUGAAGAACUAUACAAUUCAUGUCUCAAACAAAUACCUCCAGCUCACAAAGCGCAAGCUAGAACUAACUCGUCUUCCCCACGAACUCAUCGUUCCUCCCUCCCAACAAUGGUCCCUGGGGACGCCGAAACGCGAAAUUGAGCCGCUGAUAGAUUUCUGGCUCGACGCCUACGACUGGCGACAACAGGAAGUGCAUUUGAACUCCACGCUCCCUCAAUAUCGCACGCUAUUGCGCCCAGGCGAUGAUACCCCCCUAGUCAGGUUGCACUUCAUUCAUAUUCGCUCCCCGCAUGCAGACGCCAUACCGCUGCUGCUUAUCCCAACGUUCCCAUUGACGAAUUUAAGCCUCAGCCCACUAUUUGCGCCGUUAGCUGACCCCGCGAAUCCAAAAUCCACGCUGGCUUUUCAUGUCGUUGUCCCCUCUAUACCCGGGUUGGGGUUUAGCAGUGCGUUUUCGACGCGGGAAGCAGAGGGGGAUGUACUAGAGAUUACCGCCGGCUUGUUCGAUAAGCUGAUGAAGAGAUUGGGGUAUGGCUACUAUGUUGCGAGUGCGACGGGGAGUGGGAGGAGUAGUAUGGGAGGCAUUGAUUAUUAUCUGCCGAGGUUGGUCGGGGAGAGGUUUCCCCAGAGUUGUUUGGGGGUUCAUUUGCUUGAUCCGAUCAUUGAGGAGCCGAAGUUUGGUGGGGACCCCUGGAUGUGGCUCAAGUGGAGAAUUGCAAGGUUUUUCUAUGCGGGCAUAUUUGGAUAUCAUGGGGAUGAUUGGAAGUCUUUGAGCAACGCAUCCAGAAAUAGGAUCACUGAGAAAGUGCAGGCGUGGGAUCAAGCUGAUCAGACGCCCCUACUAAAGAGGAGGGAGGGACAGGGUUAUGGCGCUAUUAGUGUGCUUGGACUCAAUGAGCCGAAUACCUUUUCAUACGCUCUAUGCGAUUCUCCCGUAGGGCUGUUGAGCUUGGUCUGUAGUGCCUUGAGGAGGACUAGCCCAAGACACGAAUUAAGCCAUACGGAAAUCAUUGAUCUGUGCCAAUUAGCUUGGCUACCUGGUCCGGAGGCGGGUGCGAGGUUCUGGGCCGCUGCUGUAAGAGAGGCGGCUAAGUUGCGGAAAAAGCCACAUCCGAGGACGAAUAUCGGCAUCACUGCGUUUGGCGUGGGUGCUUUAGACGGGGAAGGGUACGCGUUUCCUGCUUGGGCGGCUGGGGAGCAUAAUGUCCUCUAUUCCCAGAGGGUGGUUGGGAGACCUGGACUCGCUGCUUGGGAAAGGACAGACAUUAUCGUUGGAGGCAUUAGGGCUUUGGCGAAGGAGCUUCAAGGGAUCGAUGCUCGGUUGAAGACCAGGCCGUUGGAAGAAUAUGCUAUGGACUCCGAAGAUGAAAGCGAUUGGGGGCAGACGAUUGCCGAUAGCGACAAGGACUACGGGCUGCAGCUCGAUGUCGAAUCACCGGAUACUGUUGUUCAAAUACCUUUGAGUACGGCUCCGGGGGAUUGGUGGGGGGAUGGAAAUUGA